GCAGACACGGAGGCUGGACCAGACGAGGAUGCAGACACGACGAGGAUGAUGAUGGAGCUGGGCCAGGCGAAGCAGCUGAUGAGGAUGCUGAUGAUGGAGCUGGGCCAGGCGAAGCAGCUGAUGAGGAUGCUGAAGCUGGAGCUGGACCAGGAUGCUGAUGCUGGACCAGACGAUGCUGAAGCGGAGGCUGGACCAGACGAUGCUGAAGCAGAAGCUGAAGCUGGACCAGGUGAGGGUGGAGCUGGACCAGAAUCAGGCGAGGAUGAAGCCGGGCCAGGCGAGGAUGACGCCGGGCCAGGCGAGGAUGACGCCGGGCCAGGCGAUGAUGCGUCCUCAGGCUGAGGUGUGGCCGUAGCAGGCGGUAGCACUGCCGGUGGUGGUACUGCAGGAGGCGGCGCUGCAGCCACAGGUGGAGAAGCAGCCACAGGUGGAGAAGCAGCCACAGGUGGAGAAGCAGCCACAGGAGGCCGGACGGGCUCCUCGGGCCCCCCAGCCGACGUGGCAGCCGGUGUGGCAUGAGGCCGGACGGGCUCCUUGGGCCCCCCAGCCGACGUGGCAGCCGGUGUGGCAUGAGGCCGGACGGGCUCCUUGGGCCCCCCAGCUAGCGAAGCAGGAGGCCGGACGGGCUCCUCGGGCCCCCCAGCAGGCGAAACAGGAGGCUGGACGGGCUCCUCGGGCCCCCCAGCAGGCGAAGCAGGAGGCUGGACGGGCUCCUCGGGCCCCCCAGCAGGCGAAGCAGGAGGCUGGACGGGCUCCCCGGGCCCCCCAGCAAAAACAGCCUCAGAACCAGCGGGCACCGGGGCCCCCGGCACACACAAAACAAAACUAGGAGGCACGCGGGCCUCCGGCACGCAAGAAAAAGAACCAGUAGGCACGUGGGCCUCUGGCACAGUUGAAACAAAACCAGUAGGCACGUGGGCCU